CCUCCCUCCGCGCCGGUGCGCGGCGCCCCGUCCCAGCCGCCGCCGCAGCGGCCACCUCCCGGGUCUGAGAGCGCCGAGCCGCGAGGCCGGGUCGGGCGCCGGUCGGGACCGCCGGGGGCGCGGCGCCGACGCGAGGCGCGGCCAUGGACAGGCAGACCCGCGCCGGGGUCGCGCUGGUGCCGGGGCCGAGCGGCCACGGGCCUUCCGCCCGCCGCCGCCGCCGCCCGGGGCUGCUGCUCCCCGGCCUCUGGCUGCUGCUGCUGGCCCGGCCGGCCUCGUGCGCCCCAGACGAGCUCUCUCUGGAGCAGCACAACCCGUCGUCGCCCUCCGCGGAGCACCCACUGAAGGAGAGCGCCGCGCACAGCACUGCACACGUGGCCUUAACGGAGGCUGCCCCGGGGUCCCAGCCGAGCAGUCCUCCCCACCUCAUGUCCUCUCCAUCCGCUGCUACUUUUGAUACAGCCUUUUUUAACCAAGGAGAACUGACCCCAAGUACAGCAGAUCACAGCGUCUUUGUGGCAAAUUCCGUGUCAGUGACGAGCAACGAGGUGGUCAUAGAUGACGAUGAAAUGGAUAACUUUUUGCCAGAGACUCAGUGGGCCACCUCCCGCGUGGUCUCUCCGAUACAGUACGUCACAGUCAGCCCCCCGGGGCUGCCCGAGGAAACAGCAGACUCCAUGCUGACGCCACCAUUGCCCACUGUUCCUUCACAAGAUGAAGAAGUGACGUCCGCCUGGCAAGACACAAUGCAACAACCGACAACGUGUGCUGACUCCCCCAGUCAUUGCAGUGUUUUUCCGUCAACUUUUCUUGCUUCCGAGGCCAUGAUUCCAACCCCUAGUAGGAAUUUGGUGCUUUAUCCUACUGACCCUUAUGGACGCUCAUCAAGCAGGACUUUGCUGGAGGUCGUGGCUUCAAGAACAGAGGGCGUAGAAACCCUCCUUUUUAGCUCCACAUCUUCAGUGCCUCAGCCGUCAGGCGAUGGCCUCACUCAGCCAUUCCCCCCCUCGGGGGAGGCCUCAGCGCCUCCAGAGGGUGUUCUGGCCCUGGGUUCAGACAGAUACCCUGAUGGGACCACUGCUUUGAGUCAGAGUCUAAAAGAAACCAUCUCUCCAAGAACAUCUCCAACUGUAACUACAUCCCAGAUGGCCCUUGCUUUUAGCAGCAGCUGCAGCAUAAACUCAGCUUUGUUUUCAAGUCCUCCUGCAUUUGUGUCCUUUUCUACUCGGUCAGCUGAUGUUUCAUAUGACCCCGUUCUUCCUGGCAAUUCCAGGGAAGCAUCCGAAUUGCCUGGCAGUUCAGUGGUUCCAGACCAUGCGGACGACACUCCUGUCUGGAGCCCAGCGUCUCCACUCAGACCGUACACGUGGUGCGGGUCCUGCUCUAUGGCAUCACCACGGCACGUUCUGUCCACAAGCCUCGUGGAGAAAGAAGGGGGCUCAGGGGACAGUGCUGAGACCAUGACCGUAUGGGAAGCGAGCAGCAUCCCUCCACCAAGCAGCACCUCUCCACCGAGCAGCAUAGCAGAGGACGUCUCUGAAUUUGAGGAAGAUCCUCAAGAAUAUAACCUACUUUUCCCCUCAAGACCAAUAGUUCCACUUUCUUCUCGGUUUGUGGAAAUCUCAGAAGCAAGCAUGGGUCUUCCGGCCGAGGUGGCCGGGAGGAGCUUCAGGAUCACACAAGCGCAUCCUUCCCACGGCCCCUCCCCGCCAGUGUCACUCGAUCCUGCUUCCUCUGGCUCCGUCUCUGCCAUUGAAACUCAAGUAGUGCCGCCCAGUGUGACAGCUGUGUUUCCCUCGGCCGUCCCUGGUGUUCUCCUCGACUCGUCUUUCUCCGUCACGGCCGAUGAAAACACGCCAUCACUUGCUUCCGGAGACCCGACGCCUUUUACGUCUUACGGUUUGGAGCCUUCCGUAGAGGCUCCGCUUUUCCCUGCCCGAGAACGCGCCAGUGCUUCCCAACACGAAACCAGAAGGACUUUGGGGUUUGCAUCCAGCUUUUCCUCAACUCCACCGCUGGAAUUCAGCAGCUCGGCCCCUUUGUCUCCAGAAGGACUUGCGUCUCCAUCUCCGAUGUCAAGUGACGUGUCGACCGUCCUUGCUCAGGCCUUUCCCACCUUGGUCAAGACACUUAUGUUGUCUGACUCUCCCAAUCUGCAGUCACCUCCGCUCUCUGUUCCUAAUUCCACAAACCUUGACUUUUCUCAGCUCUGGCCGAGUUCAGACCUCCUUUUAAAUGCAUCCACGUUUCUGCCUAGUUACUCUGAAAUGUCGCUUCUCUCAAGCUUCUACUCCACGUCUCUCACGCUCUCUGAAGCAGCCACCGUUUCACCGGCAGAUUCUGAAGCCCGUUUUACCUCAGUUUUCACGGAAACUACCUCCUAUUUUGAGUUUUCACUCGUACCCCACGAAUCGGCGGUCCCCACGCAGGUGCCCUCCAGCUCUGAGCCCAUCCUUGACAUUUCAACUGCUGGAGCGCACUCAGCGUCACUUCUGACUGCUUUUCAGACAACACCCCCUGUAACGGAAUCAUCCCUCUUUUCCACUCCAGCGCCUUCCGAUGGGGAUAUCAAUGCGAUGGGUGAUCACGCGUCUGUCUUACCCUCUUUCUCCACGGUCAUUCCUACCACCACAAUAUUGGUCAUCGCCAUGUCCCCGUCCUCAGCAUCCUCCGCUGUUUCUGAAGUGCUCCCCUCACCUGUACCUACAGAUUCUGUAUUUGUGGGCCCAUCGUUCACACCCACAGAUUUGCCGAUGAACACAACCACUGAACUGAGCACAUCUCCUGCCAGCACUGCCCCUGACGAUGCUGUCGACAUCAUCCUGAACAGCACCCCUGAGAGUCAGAAUCCCCACGAGAGCAGCACAGUCCUCCCCUUGCCGUCCCUUCAUCCUGUGUCCACCUCCACUCCCGAGGCCGUGGUCACUACUCCGGCAGUGGUCACCACCAGGCCGCCGUAUGUGUGCGAUAUCACAAUUCCUGAUGCCUAUUUGAUCACAACUGUGCUGGCCAGAAGAGCCGUGCAGGAGUACAUCAUUACGUCCAUCAAGGAGGUGCUGAGGAUUCACUUCAACCGCCCCGUGGAGCUCAAGGUUUAUGAACUGUUCGCUGACUUCACUUUUCUGGUAACAUCUGGUCCUUUCGUUUACACGGCAAUAUCAGUCAUAAAUGUGCUUAUAAACAGUAAACUUGUACGCGACCAAACUCCUUUAAUCCUGGCUGUGAAACCUUCCUUCCUUGUGCCGGAGUCCAGGUUCCAAGUUCAAACGGUCCUUCAGUUUGUGCCUCCGAGCGUGGAUACUGGCUUCUGUAACUUCACCCAGCGCAUCGAGAAAGGCCUGAUGAUAGCGCUCUCCGAAGUGAGGAAACACCACCAGGGCACGUAUAACCUCACAGUGCAGAUCUUGAAUAUCACUGUGGGCUCUCCCAGGGUGGCGCCUCGCCGGGGCCCCGUGAACAUCAUCUUUGCUGUUAAAGGCACGCAGGGGUUCUGGAAUGGGACGCAAGUGAGCGAGCUGCUCAGGAACCUGAGUGUGGUGGAGUUCAGUUUCUAUCUGGGGUACCCGGUGCUCCAGAUCGCCGAACCCUUCCAGUACCCGCAGCUCAACCUGUCUCAGUUGUUGAAGUCCUCGUGGGUAAGAACAGUGCUCCUGGGCGUCGUUGAGAAGCAGCUCCAGAAUGAAGUGUUUCAAGCUGAGAUGGAGCGCAAACUGGCCCAGCUGCUGAGUGAGGUUUCCACCCGGAGGCGGAUGUGGAGAAGGGCCACCGUGGCUGCCGGGAACAGCGUGGUGCAGGUGGUAAACGUGUCGCGGCUGGAGGGAGAUGACGAUCCCGUGCAGCUCAUCUACUUUGUGGAGGAUCAAGACGGAGAACGACUCAGUGCAGUCAGGUCUUCAGACCUGAUCAACAAGAUCGACAUCCAGAGAGCGGCCAUUAUCUUGGGUUACCGAAUUCAAGGCGCUGUUGCCCAACCCGUGGACAGGGCGAAGCGGCCGUCGCCGGAGUCCCAGAGCAACAACCUCUGGGUCAUCGUCGGCGUGGUCAUCCCCGUGCUGGUGGUCAUGGUGAUCGUCGUCAUCCUCUACUGGAAGCUCUGCCGCACAGACAAGCUGGACUUCCAGCCCGACGCCGUGGCCAGCAUCCAGCAGCGCCAGAAGCUGCAGAUCCCCAGUGUGAAGGGGUUUGACUUUGCCAAGCAGCACCUGGGGCAGCACAAUAAGGACGACAUCCUGAUUAUUCAUGAGCCUGCUCCGCUGCCGGGGCCUGUGAAGGACCACGCCACGCCCUCCGAAAACGGGGACGUCCCGAGCCCCAAGGCCAAGGCCCCCUCCAAGAACGCCCGCCAUCGAGGAAGAGUUUCGCCCUCAGAUGCUGACUCUACCGUAAGUGAAGAGUCCAGUGAGAGGGAAGCAGGAGAUAAGACGCCGGGCGCGGUGAAUGACGGGCCGCCACCCCCCAGUUCAGGGAACGAGCAGCCCUCUUCUGCCUCCAUCUUCGAGCACGUGGACAGGCUCUCCCGCUCCUCCGAGGCCAGCCGGCGGGGCCCCAGUAAGAUCCAGCUGAUCGCCAUGCAGCCCAUCCCCGCACCUCCUGUCCACCACCUGGCCGACCGAGUGGCAGAAACCAACAAAAUUAACAAAGAGAUUCAGACGGCGCUGCGGCACAAGUCGGAGAUCGAGCACCAUCGGAACAAGAUCCGGCUCCGUGCCAAGCGCCGCGGCCACUACGAGUUCCCGGUGGUGGACGACCUGUCGUCGGGGGACACGCGGGAGCGACACCGGGUGUACCGCAGGGCGCAGAUGCAGAUCGACAAGAUCCUGGACCCCACGGCCAGCGUGCCCUCGGUGUUCAUAGAGCCCAGGAAGAGCUCGCGGAUGAAACGUUCCCCCAAGGCCCGCCGGAAGCACCAGGUCAACGGCUGCCCCGGAGACGCCGAGAAGGAUAGGCUCAUCACCACAGACAGCGACGGCACUUACAAGAGGCCUCCCGGCGUCCACAACUCCGCCUACAUGGGUUGCCCAUCCGACCCCGACCUCCCGGCAGACGUACAGACGCCGUCUUCUGCUGAGCUGGGCCGGUACCCAGGCCUGCCCUUCCCGGCCCCGCAGUACAUCCCGCCCCAGCCGUCCAUUGAGGAGGCCCGCCAGACCAUGCACUCCCUCCUGGACGACGCUUUCGCCCUCGUGGCCCCCAGCAGCCAGCCCGCCAACGCUGCUGCAGGCCCCGGGGUCCCAGCUGGCCUGCCCGUGAACAGCACCCCUUCCCGGGAAGAUAGACGAGCCGCCCAAUGGGGCUCCUUCUACAGCCCAGCUCAGAUGGCCAACAACCCAUGCAGCAGAUAUGACGACUAUGGAAUGACUCCCCCAUCGGGCCCAUUGCCAAGACCCGGGUUUGGCCCUGCUGUGCUUCAGUCUUCGGAGCUGGUGCCUCCCGAGCCCCAGCAGCCACAGGCAUCGUCUGAAGCCCCGUUUGUUGCCCGAGGGAUCUACUCGGAGGACAUGCCAUCGGUGGCCCGGCCCCGGCCUGUCAGGGGCACCACAGGCUCCCAGAUUCAGCACCUGACCCAGGUGGGGCUUGCGAGCAGGAUCGGAGCUCAGCCGGUGGAGGUCCCACCCAGCAGAGGCGGCCAGUGCGGGGGACCAGGCUGGCCUUCGUUCGGGGAGGACGAGGUGGGCCGGAGAGAGGCCACACACAUGCUCGGACAUCAGGAGUAUUCUUCACCGCUGUUCCAGGUGCCAAGGACUUCGGGCAGGGAGCCCUCCGCUCCUCCCGGGAGCGCCCCGCACAGGGGGCUGCAGGGCGCCGGGCUGGCCUAUGCCACCAGCUCCACGGAGGACCUCCAGCCCGGCCACUCCUCCACGUCACUCAUCAAGGCCAUCCGUGAGGAGCUCCUGCGGCUCUCCCAGAAACAGACCGCCGUGCACAACUUCCACAGCUGAUGGGCCUCGCCUUGCGUUUGCCAAGUAUCCGCUUCCCGUGGAAGCAAGACUCAAAGGAAACCGGCUUAAGGGAUGUCAGGAAGAGACCAGAGCCUCCAGGGCCGGGGGCCACGGGAGGGAGCAGGUUGCCAUCUGAGAAGAUGCCAGAUGCCAUACGUCACGUGACAGCUCGCGAGGCUUUUACCAAGUUGGCAAUGUUGUGACCAUUUGGGUUCAGUCGAGAUUUCUGGACUUUUGGCCAAAAGCCAGCAGCACUUCACGAAAGACAGACUACAAACCUAAGCUAACGGAGCUUCUUAGUCCCCUUUUCAAGGCAAAAGAUGGAAGUGUAUAGAAUGUAUAGGGCCAAAAGGAGUCUGGCAUUUCUGUGCGGAGACGUGUUUGAGGCUGGUUUGUACGGUGAACCUGCUGCUUUGUUUUCUGAGAAAAGAGAUUUGAAGACAUUUUAUUAACGGCUUACUUCCCUCUUUUUCUCCUUAGGAACUUGUUUUACUAGUAAUAUUAACAACAAGGGUACUAAGACUGUUCGGGGACUUAAAAAGCUACUAGUGAGAAACCAAAUGAUAGACGUAGAGCCUGAUGAUUCCACACGAAGCCAUCAUCUGCAUUUCCCUUUCGACUUCUGGUGCUACCGCUCCCAGCGCCCUCCCCCUUUAUGUCUGUGAAAUGCAACUUUGGCUUUUCCAAUGGAAGGAUGUGUUGAAGGCUUCAUUUUGUUCUAGAAAGGAAAAAACAAAAACAAAAAAACACUCCCAAAAGAGGGGGGAAAGCUAAAUAUUUAUUUGGUUAUUCAAAACACAUAUCAGAGUUUAGGUUUACAUUCUUCAUUGUGUUUGUUGGUUUUUAAUUGGGCACGUGGCACUCCGAGAGCAUCCCACUUCAGCACAUGUCCCCUUCAAGGCCAGUCCUACGGAAUGAGGCUCUCAGAGGUCCUAACCGAUCCUGGCGCUUUGCUGAUGAAUUGCUCACAAAUUAUGUUUGAACGAGAAACGGUCCAUAAGCAAAAAUGAUGUUUAAGCAUUCCUGGGGCCACCAAAUAGCGAUUCGUGAGUACAUUCCCAGUGAUCACAUUCUCUGUGUGUUCAGGACCUGGAGAUGAAGCUGAGUUCUCGCCGGCCUCUGAAUCGGGAAACGUGAAGAAGAGCUUUGGGAACAAGGGAAGGGAGGGGGCUGCUCCUAACGUCUGAUUUCAUGUGCGUGACCCUGCUGAGUGACUGCUGAAGGCGUCCGUGUGCUGUGGGCCCAAUAGAGGGUGGGUGUCAUCUCCCUUGAGGUUUCCCCUGGAAAUCACCAUUCCCUCCCCCCUCUGACCCCCCAAAAUUAAAGUGAGGACUGGAAUAACAAGGGCUGUUUCGUUUUCUGGUACCUGAGUGAAGCUCAGGAGAAAAUAGAUAACACCUGGCUACUAUGAGUUCUUUUUUAUUAGAUUAGCUAAUCCUUUAACCAACAGAUGAACAGGCAGAAUUGGGGGCUCUAACCAAAACCCUUGUCACACCUUGCGAGCCCUGAGCCAGCUCACGUAGGUUUCCGCAGUGUAAUUGUUGCUCCAGAGCCACGUCUCAGCACGGCGUUACGCCUGCCCUCAGCCGCACAGUGCGGGGCAGCCACUGUUUAUCUGUGUGCUCCUCCAAGAGCAGGGCUGGAGAGUAAGUCUCUCAAGGAUGUUAAGGAAAGGGACUCCCUUCCAGGCAACCCUCACAAGCUCCAGGAGCGUGGGAGAGAAGGCCUCCUUCUGGUUUUGAUUUCUGACCCUCGGUCCUGGGUUAAUACUCAGAGUGGAGGGAUUUCUGUGUGUGUCACUGAGAAGUACCAGGUUUCCUGAAUACGUUAAGAAUGUCAGACAUCCCAGCAGAAUUGUAUUACGGACACCUUACAGUGAAGUCCAGUCGUGUGGCAGCAAGUGGACCAAAUGCAGGCCCCUCUUCUCCCCUUCUGCCCGGUGUGGUCGGCACUAAAAAUGGUUACCUCCCUUGGACAUUGAAGAAAUGGGCCCCUGUUUUAAAGGGGGCUGCAAUGGUGGUUGUGAUGCCUUUCAAACUAGCAUACAAGGAUUCAGCCUGUAUUGUUCUUCUUAGAACUGAUACACUUUUAAACCAAUGUCAAGACCAAAGAGGACAUAGAAUACCUGGGGUGGGGGGUAGCGGGAGAAUGGGGGGGCGUGUGGAGUGGUGUGGCAUAGUGUGGCGUGGUGUGAACAGGCCGGUGAGAUCACCAGCACUCUGGUGUUGGUUGUGAAGCACGCCCAGGUUGCCCUUGUUUUCUCUAAUCAGCUGCCACAGAAGUUUUACCAAGCCCCAGACUCAGGACUGACGAGCUAUCUCGGGGAGCACCACACCCAGAUGGGUCUGCAGUCACUCAGACAAUGUGAUCUGCUUAAAAGGAAGGUCCUCAUGUCCAUCGUAUGCGCUUUGGAGUUCAUUUCUUCGAAGCAUUCUAAAAGGAAAAGUUAAAAUGUAUGUCUCUCCUUUUCCCCUAUUUUCAAAGUUCCAGCGGUAAUAAAAUGAACUGUAAAUUUGAGCCAGUAUUUUAGAGAAUACUGUUUGGAGAAAUGAUCAUUGAAUUCUCUAUAUGUCAGGUCCCUUUUCUGAGCCUCAUUCUCCCCAUCAGCCAAACAAGGACAGACCUCCCUUGCCCACCUCCUAGAAUUUCUCAUUGUGAGCAUCAGAUGUGAUCAUGUGUGCAAGUGUCCCUUGAGAAGGAAGCACAGAGCACUGUGAAAUGCAAAAUGUUAUCUGUAUGAUUAUGCUGGGAUGGAUGAUCGGAUGUGCUGUGGCCUACCAGUGGGUGAGCUCACAUGGAGGUACCCAGAGCACAACUAAAGGCCUCGUGCGACUCUCUCCCUCUCUCUUGUUUUGCUUUAAUUCACUUCCUUCUCCAUUAACUUUUAAACAGCAUUUACUACACAUUUUUCACGCUCCUGAUUUCCUGUCGAACAUGAACCCUGCCUUCUGAGGUCUUAGAAUCUAAGCCGAAUAACACAUACAGGUUUAAAAGAUGGACGAUACACAUAAAUAACAAGGUUUAGACAUCAGUCACGUUUGUUGAGGGUGCACAAGUGCAUUAGGUACUCAGCAGAAGAAAUGGAAGUUGCAUAUUUGGAAACAGGAUCUUGGGGAGAAGUCAGCUUCAGCAGCUACCCAGCGAAGUGGUGAGGUGGCAUGGGGAAGCCGAGAGCGGGCCUGGGGAAUGAUGGAAAAAAGUGGGUGAAGCUGUCAUUGAAAAUGAACUUGAUCUGCUACAAUACAGGGACGAAAUUCCUAACCUCACUGUCUAGGGAGUUUUGUGAGAGGAGGAAGUGGUGGUGUGAGUACACGCUUGGAGUAAUACAGUGAGAAAGUGAUCAGCCCUGGGGAGAAGGUCUCCCGAGGGAGAGAUCCAUCUGGGGAGGCGGGGAGCACGCCGGUGUCUGCCGAAGGAGCCAAGGUCAAGCAUGGAAGUAGUGGUGAGAGUUCCACCAUCUGCUCCGCUGCUUGGCGCAGAUCUCAAUGGCCAGCCAUUGGGCCACAUUCAAUCCUUUGUGAAGCGUGGUGGGUUAUACACACAUACAUUUGACUUCUUGACAGCCACCUACAUGUUUUUCUCCAAAUGUUAUUUAAUUUCAGAGUAUUUUUUAUUUUGGUGGCUUGUGGCUUUUGAGCAGCAGGUUAAGUGGUUUUUUUGCCAACCAGACUUUUCAGGGCAAGAGGCCUGUAGUGCAAAGCACAGGCGGAGGUCUGCCUGAAGGCUUUGGGCGGAACCAGGUACUUCUGUGUGUUAUGAGCCUCCGUUUACCUGUGGACAGGGUCGGCACUGACUGCGUUGCACAGCCUCUUAGUGCUCCAGUGACCAAACUAGUCACUCGACACUGAUGGGCAUUUGCAGUAACUCACCAGUUAAUCAUUAAAUAAACUCCUUUGUCCCCUUCAUACUAGAUUCUUAGACGCGAAUGAGUUUGUUGGUUGGAAGGAAAGCUGGUUAAGGUUCUGGGCAGGGGGAUGGGGGCCUCCAGUCUUAACUACCACACCAACUUUAGCUCGAGUUGAGUUUUAGCCAUUUCAUUUCUACCUCCAGAGCAAGUCUCCAAAGCCAGCCUCCACAGCUUGCUAGUCCACAUUUAUCCCAGAUAGGAGCACAAGAAAGUCCACUUCUAUACCUGCCAACAGACCAUUGAUCACAAAACCCAUUUCUAUGGGAUGGUAACUUGAACUUCAUUUUUACAUUUAAUCCCACACAUUAACAGAUAUUCUUGUAACAGGUGAGAGGGGUUUCUAUGAGCAGCUGCUAUAACAUACUCAUAAAAUUUAAUAGGCUGACACUUAAUACGUAGUGAACGAGGACUGUGUACAUUUCAGGUGUCUUUUGAUACUUUUUGGAGGUGAUUUUCAGAGUUUAAAUGAGGACUCCUUUGUAUGAAAAAAGACUUGAAAACCGAGACCUCACAGUACGAUCCUAAUUCCGUGCUCAUGUGUGUAAUGGUACACUUGAGAGUUUAUCUUCAGAACAGGCAGCAGCAUUGCCAUUUAGGAAAAGAACAUUUACAUGCCCUUGGAAACAUGAAACAAAGUUAGGAACCCGGCGAGCCAGUGAGAAGGAAUGCAUGUCUGAAUCUGAGGAGCUCUGGUGCACGUUAGUUUCCCACAGGGUAGGUAAUUAUGCAGGUGGCUUGCUUUUCCUUCUCCCAGGUUUUUCUGCUCUGGAGCCACUUCGAAAAGAAAGGGUGAAGAGACAGGUAAAGAUGUAAGCAAUCUGGGCCUUGUGGUCCAUGAUUCUGUGGAACCAUUCUCGAGAACUUGGAGCAUCGUGCCCACCAGAUUUCAUGCCUUCAUAACUUGACUCUUAAGUGUGCAAGUCAGGAAUAGUACAGGGCCAGGUUCAAGACAGACCCCCUGUACUUGCCUGCAGCUGUGGGGAAGGAAGGGGGUGCUGGAGGGACAGAAGCUCCACCAAUGAACUCGGGUGCUCUAAGUACAGAGGGCUCAUUUCAGAAAAGGGGAGUCGACUCAGCUUUGCUUUCCUCCAGAGCAUCAUGGGGAGCAUGGAGCUAUGGCUGGUCUUCCCCUUCCAGGAAAGGUCGCUUCGCAGAGCUGCCCUGGGAUGCCCCCUGUCUCCUCCUCCUUCGGCAAGGUCCGUAUUCCGACUCUUCCUGCACUCAUUCCGAGAUCAUGAGUGUUAAUGUACGAAAAUACACAGUAAGUGGAGGCCACUUGUGGCAUCAGUCCUGCAACUUGAACUUGACAAUCAUGGUUUGCUGGCACUUAAAUUUUGGCCAUAGGUGUAUGAUUUUAGUAAUCGAAUCCUCCCUCUAUUUGUCAGUUACGUUUCUACCCUUCAAUUAGCUGCACUGUUUUUCUAAUGUGCUGUAGAGUUUUUGAAAUAAUUUAUGCAAGUGUUUGGUUUCCAUGUUUACAAUUUAUACGGCUUUCCUAGCAUUUUAAAUGGAACUGUCAAUAAAUGCUAUGAAUUGGUGUCAA